GGAGCGGCUUGUGUGACAGCGGCGGCGGGAGUCAGCGAGCGCCCUGAGGAGGGAGGCCCCGAGCCCGCCGGAACCAGCCGGGGCAGGCGGCCCCAGUCUCCGGCACGAUGAGUAUCGAGAUCCCGCCGGGCCUGACCGAGCUGCUGCAGGGCUACACGGUGGAGGUGCUGCGGCACCGGCCGCCCGACCUGCUGGGCUUCGCCGCCGACUACUUCACCCGCCUGCGGGAUGCCCGCGACCAGGAGGCCGCCGCCGGGGCCCGCAAGGGGGUCAACUUCGACGGGGAGCCCAUGCAGACCGAGUCCAACGGCGAGGAGGAGCCCGGGCGGGACGACGAGGACUCCGACUCCGACUUCGAGCCUCCAGUUAUUAACAGAUUUAACAGAAGAGUAUCAGUUUGUGCUGAAGCCUUCAACCCAGAUGAGGAAGAGGAAGAUACAGAACCAAGGGUAGUUCAUCCAAAAACAGAUGAGCAGAGAUGUAGACUGCAAGAAGCAUGCAAAGAUAUACUCCUCUUCAAAAACCUAGAUCAGGAGCAGCUGUCUCAGGUUCUCGACGCCAUGUUUGAGAGGAAAGUUAAACCUCAGGAACAUGUCAUUGACCAAGGAGAUGAUGGAGACAACUUUUAUGUCGUUGAGAGGGGAUUGUAUGACAUUUUUGUAACGAGAGACAGCCAGCCUCGUUGUGUCGGCCGUUAUGACAAUCACGGCAGUUUUGGGGAACUGGCCUUGAUGUACAACACUCCUAGAGCUGCUACCAUUGUUGCCACAACAGAAGGAGCCCUUUGGGGACUGGAUCGAGUGACAUUCAGAAGAAUUAUAUUGAAAAACAAUGCGAAGAAGAGGAAGACAUUUGAAUUAUUUAUUGAGUCUGUGCCCCUUCUUAAAUCACUGGAGGUUUCAGAGCGAAUGAAGAUAGUUGAUGUAAUAGGGGAGAAGGUGUAUCGAGAUGGGGAGCGAAUCAUUUCUCAGGGUGAUAAAGCAGACAGCUUUUACAUUGUAGAGUCUGGUGAAGUAAAAAUCUUGAUUAAAAGCAAGACUAUGACAAGUAAGGAUGCUAACCAGGAAGUGGAGAUUGCCCGGUGUCACAAAGGACAGUAUUUUGGAGAGCUUGCACUUGUUACCAACAAACCCAGAGCAGCCUCUGCCUAUGCUGUUGGGGAUGUCAAGUGUUUAGUCAUGGAUGUGCAAGCAUUCGAGAGGCUGCUUGGCCCCUGCAUGGACAUUAUGAAGAGGAAUAUAACACAUUAUGAGGAGCAGCUGGUGGCAAUGUUUGGUUCAAGCAUGGACCUGUUGGAUCCAGGGAAUUAGGCACAGGGUAUCUUAGUGCCUUCUCAGUUCAAGACACAGAAAAGCCUCCUAUCAGCAACACAACACAACACAUAAGGAAAAAUGGACACUACAGAACAGUUACUGCUGCUGUCUUCUUGGGCAUUUUAGAAAUAAAUAAAUAAGUCUCAGCACAGAUGGAUGGGGAGAGGCUCACUCCAUGCCUCCACUUUGCUGCUGAAAUUUCAUUAUUAGGCUUAGUUUAAAGAUGAUUCUAACCCUUCUCUCACUUGUUUGGCUCAGAAUGGCAUGUCUCUCCAACCAUUUAAGUGCCUGAUGCGAAACCCAAAGUGUAAAAGAUACAGAACCUUCUUUUUCUUUCUCAUUUUAUUGUUGUGGUAAAUCUUCAGAGCAGAUCUGUAAUGGCAGGCUGCUUAUCUCCCCCCAGGGAGCUGCCUUCUCUUUACAGUCUCUUAAUAUCUUCCUUUGACACUUCCUUUACAUAAUGUCAAAAAUUUAAUUGUAGCAUUUGGGUUUGACGUCGAAUAUAUCAAGGGGACUUGAAAUUAUCAGAGCCAUUGAGUAAGUUGGCAUUGAGGUGUUCCUGCCAUCUGCUGAAAGCUUCAGGUACUGCAGUUCUGUAAUAAAACUAUAAACAAACCUGGGGGCACAAGAAAUAACUGCUCAAUACUGAAAUGCAGAAAAUGAAGAAUGAUUGAUUGACUUCUGAACAUUUUCUGAGCAGUAAAGAGAAUUGUUUUAGUUCUUUAUGCUACCAAACAUAUGCAGAGAGUUUGAUAGUGGUCCAACAGCUCCAGUGGCCUGAAGGUGCCAUAGCUGUAUCAUCCCCAUCUCCAUUUCUUAAAGUGGGCAGAUUUUACUGCUGAGAUGUUGCAGCACAUGACCCUCUCCUGCUUUUAGAGAUAUCCUUUAUACUGCUAGAUUUCACAGGGCAUUGCUGUUGUCUGGAUCAGUUUUAAAACUCUCUUUUUAAGGAGGUUAAUUUUUUGUAAUUUAAAGGAACAAUAUUUAUGUACUUAAGCAGCUCCCCCCAAUUCUAAUAUUUUGUAAUAUUCUUUAACUUGAUUGGACACUUAGAUACUUCCAAAUGCCAAGUCUGUUUGUUAAAUCUUUCAGAAAUUAGCAACAUUUGACUUCAUGAAGCAAAUGCCUUUGCUAACUAGGCAGUUGGUGUGUUUGGAGUGGUCUUUUGAUUUAGGUAACAAUUCAGUUAAAGAUAUUUAUCUGUCAAAUCUGCAGCAUUUAUUAGGGAGACUUCUAUUUCUAUAGAUCUAUUGACCUUAAGGCACAUCCUGAUGAGAUUUUAUCAGAGUAUUAUCUAAAUGAGACUCAGACCUUCAGGGGGACCCUUUUUAUGGUAUAAAAUAAAAUAUUUAUAUAAAGAAAAGGCAUUGAAUUUGUAGGUAAUAAGUCUAGUGGUCCCCUUUCCAUUUUCAGUCUUCUAAAUUUAUGUGAAACUUACCUACAUGUUUCUGGGAUGGUGAAAUUUUAAUUGCAGACUCUGGGUGGAACUGAACCCACUAUUUAGUUUUUUAUGACCACCUGAACAAGGGGAGAGAAUACUACAACUCUGAAGUCCUGCUUGUUAGCACACUAGAAAUCUGCUCUUUUUAACAAGUGGAAGGUGAAGAACUACAACAUGGAGUUGGCUUCUAGCCCAUAAUAUUUUCCUCACUCCUCCCAGCUCCUGCACUGUUCUGUAAAGUGGGAUCCGUAUCAGGUUGAGGCUGUACUGAUGUUGUCUAGUUACAGUAGAUUGCAUUACGCUUUCAGAUGAUGGACUGAUUUGUAAUGAAUACCACUGAACAAGGUGUGCCACACUCUUAUCUAGUUGCUCUUGUAACUGCCUCCAUUCUUAGCACAGUGCGUUUUCCCUGCUUUACUGUACAGGUUCAGUUCUGCAAGGCUAAAAAAGCAGCAGGAACUGGAAUUUCAUUCAUGCUUCUGAGGUUUAACACUAAAAACACUCAUAAGCUUUCUUUGUAAUUGUGGAAUUUAAAAAAAAAAGAACAGUUGGCAAGUCCUCACGCUGAUAACUGAGAGAUUAAAUUCAAAAGUAGACUCAGGCUCCCAGGCCAGGCCAGCUGUGGAUUGUCCAGGCAAUCCAGACACAAGCUGGUCUCCAAAUCCAUCUGAGUUUCCAUACAGCUUAAGCUGUCACAUGAACCAAAGAGGAUCUCUCUGAAUAAAUAUCCUCAACCAGCUUUGGUCCUUCCCAUACGAACACUUCCUCAGAUGCCCCUCCCUUGUAUCCACUGGAGUGCAGCACGUUUGGCUACAUUACAAUGUUCAGUUCUCUGCAUUAUAGGUCUCGGUGCCUCAGAAUAUGCAAACCUUGUAAACGGUACUGAAGCCUGGCCAAAAGGAAGCAAAGUCUACUGGGUACCCUUGUUAGGGCCUUAAGGAACUUCUGAAUGGAAGGAUUUUAAUGGAUUUAGAAGGCAGAGGGAAGGAACAUGAGGCCAUGGACUCAGAAAGCUAGAGGUCCCAGAUGAGGGAGAACAGAUUUACAAACUUCUACCCAGCUCUGUGCUCCUUGAACGCAGCACGGUGGCAUUAUCACACACAGAGCCGUGUGACACCCAAUGUCCGAUGGGACACUCUGGUAUGAUGCAAGUGUGCAAUUGAACUUUGAGCAGAGAGAAUGAACCUCAGGGGGCCAUCAGUUUAAAGUCCAUCAUUUGGGAUUUGCCUGGCUGGUCUGGAUUGUUCUAACCAAUUUGCUUUGUAGUCUUCUGAGGAGUGGGGAUAGGGAGAGGUGACCUAUUGAAUGUUACUCAAUAGCACCAUUGUCCUUUAUUCAUACUCUGGCUGGCUAGCCAAAGUCAGAGUGCUUGAAAGUAGCGAGAGAGAACUGACUGAGAGACAUCGACCAAUGGUGAUUCAGCUGCAUCACCACAUCCCUGUCUUACUCUCCAGCCACUUUUGUUUUAAUGUCUCUAAUGGAUGUGUGAGUUUCUCUGGUGGCAUGGCUCUGUGUUUAGUAAAUCUGCCGUGGAUUCUCAGCAACUGGUAGUGGAGAGAGCUCUAGUUUAAUAAGAGAACUCAGCAGCAAAGUGGGUAAGAGGAUGGUGACCUUGAGAUUUGGAGAAAUAUCUGUCUUAUUUCUGAUUCUCUGCUUGUGAUUGUUGUGAAGUCAGUGAGAGGAGCUUUCAGUGGUCAAGUGUCCUGGCAUAUGGUAUUUCUGGUUAACGUCACAGCACAGGUUUCACAAUGUACAAAAAAAAGCUGUCUCUUUUUAAAAAAACAAAAACAAAGUGCAGUUUUGCACAGAGGAAAAAAAAAAACCCCUUUGAAUGUCACUUUCCAUUCUCUUUCGUUUUCAGUUAGCUGAUGUUGGGACUCUGGUUCUUGACAUGUAUUUGUAAACCAGUCUUGCCAAAAUACAAAUGUUUUGGGUUUUUUCACUCCAGCUACCUUUUGUUGUUAUUACAGUUACUUCUGUUUUCAGUCACUUCAACCAUAUGCUUUAUUUCAAGAGGCCUUCCUUGUAAUUUCUCUCUUUACAGGCUAUAGUGUUAUAUCAGUAUUUAAAGAUGCAAAAGAAAACCACUAGCUUCAUAAGAGAAUUACUGAAAUCCACUUAGCCUGGCUGGAGCUAAAGAUGUGCUACCAAUAUUUUCCUCCUCUCAGAAGAAAAAAAAAAAAAAAAAAAAAAGAAUUCUGCAUAAAGAUGCUACCUCAAGGCUCCAAGUGCUUUAAAGGUCUUUCACCUGGGAGAAUUCCAUAAGUCAGUUUUGCAAAUUGGUCUGUUGCAUUGAGUUAAAUGUUUUUUAUUGAUUGAUUCAUUGGGAGACCCAUAUUUUAUUAACUCAUUUUACAACUAGUAUUUGAUUCUCAAAGGAUGAGUGAUUACAGAGAGAUUGAUUCUUGCACUAUCAUGUUGACAGUGGGGGAAAAAAAUACCUGCCAUAUAAGCUUAUGGUUUAAAAACAUUCUGGGGUUCAGCUUCACUUUUGGUUAAUAAAAUGCUGACAUGUCGUGUCCAGCCUUCCUGGUACAA